ACCGGAAGGGAAGAAGCCAGGGACAGAAUGGGCCUACAUGAGUUCUGUUGUGACGCUCAGAACCAGGGGCGGGGUGUCUAGGUAGGGACAUUCCGUGCACUGAGAACUUAGGAGGAGGUGCGCUGUCUCCUGCGAAGACUGCAGUGAGUCCUCCGUACUGCUGGGACCAGCGUAGGCAGACCGAGGAGUUGGGAGCCAGAGACAGCGAGUUACCCAACCGUGCGCAGGCUGGACGUGGACCAUCCCGGAAUUCGGCUUUAACAUCUAGCUGAGCCUGGAUCCCGCCUGUAGGCCAGAGCUGACUCUGAGCCCUGGCCCAGUCAAGCUGACCCCUACCUUAGACCCCGUGCACCGGAUGGAGCUGAUCCUGAGUACCAGCCCAGCAAAGCUGACUCUAGAUCCUGCAUGCCAGCCAGAGUUGACCCUGAGAUUCAACCUGACCGAGCUAACCCUGGAUCCUGCACGCCAGCCAGAGCUGUCGCUGAGUCCCAGGCUAGCUGAGCUGACCCUGGAUCCCACAUGCCACCCAGAGAUGAGCCUCAGUCCUGGCCCAGCUGAGCUGACCCUGGAUCCUCAACACCAGGCAAAGGACCUCCCAGUCCCCAAGCUGCCUGAAUUGAUCCUGGAGCCUGUACACUGCCGACCCGAGCUCAUGAGUGCCUGUGCUGAUCUCAUCAAUGACCAGUGGCCCCGCAGUCGAGCCUCCCGUCUCCACUCCCUGGGCCAGUCCUCAGAUGCCUUCCCCCUCUGCCUGAUGCUGCUGAGCCCCCAGCCCUCACCCGGAGCAGCCCCUGUUGUGGUGGGCCAUGCCCGCUUAUCACGGGUACUGGACCAUCCCCAUAGCCUCUUAGUGGAGACAGUGGUGGUAGCCCGGGCUCUGAGGGGCCGUGGCUUUGGUCGCCGCCUCAUGGAGGGCUUGGAGGCCUUUGCCCGAGCCCGGGGUUUCCGACGGCUGCACCUCACCACUCAUGACCAGCUGUACUUCUAUGCCCAUCUGGGCUACCAACUGGGUGAGCCUGUGCAGGGUUUGGCCUUCACCAACCGUCGGCUGUCCACCACUGUCCUACGUGCCUUCUCUAAGCCACCCUGCCCCCAGCCACCCUGCAAGGAGCCUAUCCUAGCUGCCCAAGCUGUCCCGAGGAGCUCCAAGGGACCCCCAUUGCCACCACCUCCUCCCCUACCCCAGUCUCUGACCACCUCACCGCCUCCUUCACCCGAGCCCCUUCCUCAAAGCCCACUAGAGACACGAUAUCGAGAUCUGAAGGGAUGCCCUAUAUUCUGGAUGGAAAAAGACAUCUGAUGGCCCUGUCUCUCCGGGACACUGGGUUGCCCAGAACAGAGCCAGCCUCGGCCCCCAGGCCAUACUUCAGCCCCCCUACCCCCUGGGGACAACCUUAGCCUGUGUAUCUUUCAUGGGUCCCAGCGGGCCAGGAGGUGGCUUUGGAGCUUUGGCUCAGAGCUGUCAGUGUGGCUGAAUAAAAGCUUCCAUUAGGUA